UUCAGUAGCCAUCGGAGUAUGACUAGCAGCUAACAUUUUCCAAUGUCUGCACGUUAUCUAUGCAGUGGAGCAUAAAUUCGAUAUCAAGAUACGACAUUUAAGAAUUAACUGAAAAGAUGCUUUUCAAUACUUUAAUGGCGGUCACAGUUUUCAUCAAUCUUCUUGUCAGUUCCGUCCCGACGACUAAGACAAUUACAACAGAUGAAGAAGUGCCCUAUGAAAUUCCUUGGAAUAACUUUGAAUGUAUAAAAGCAUCAAAGAAAUCGAAUCGCGUUGAACUAAGGAGUUCAUUGUUGAUAUUUUUAAGAAUGUCUCCUAUCAUCAUUGUUUACGAUGGAUGUAAUACGGCGUCGAUAGUUCAUUAUGAGUACUGCAAUGGAUACCUACGAUGGAGGUCAAGAGCCUCAAACUCUUUAAAAAUUGUUUCUCGCCAUAACAAAUGGGUAAAACGGUGGUUGACUUUCUGCAUUUUAUCGGAAAAAGAUUGGGUCGAAGUUUGCCAUGAGUACAAAGAAUAUCCUUAUCUCGAUCAAGAGCAUCACCCAAGGCCAGAAAACAAGAAACAUAAGACCAUUAGAGUUCCUACCACAAUGCCUACCACAAUGCCUACGAUGAAAACAGAAACUCGUAAAACAAACCAGGUCACUGGAGUGGUGAUUGGAACUGGAUGUGGUCUCGUUUUCCUUUGUCUGACGUUCUUAGCUCUAUGCCACUCACGAAGAUGUAGACGACUUUGUUUGCAAAAAGAAGUCGAAAAAUAUUCUGAUCAUGCAGAUGUUGUGGAGGAAGAAGGUCCUCCUGUAUACUGUGAUGUGAUGGCUUCGCUCGACAAGUUCCCAAAGACUACAGAUUCAACAAACAACAGCGAAGAGCUUCCGCCUUAUCCAGGGUUACCGCAGAAUGAUAAUAUGAUACCCAAGACAUCCCAGCAAUCCCUCAAUGACGCUGGGUACAUCUCACAAGAAAUUGAGGAAGACGUCCUUGAAAAAUCUGCUACUGAUGCAACAGAAAGCAGUGGUGAAAAUUCGCAGAAUGCCUCAACGGGACCGCCUGAGAUUUCGGCAAAUGAACAGGAGAUCGAGGUAAGCAUUGAAGAAGCAGAAGAGACUAAUGUCGCUGCCGAUGAUGAAAAGGCCGCCAAGGAAAAGGUUGAAAAUGCCGAGUUUAUCGAUGACGAUAAAAGCACAUGGGAUGUGUCAGAAACGCAAGAUUUUCAACAUCCAAAAUCAAUAAACACUGUUGUUUAAAGAAUAGUAACCUUCAACGGGGGUAAAGUAUAUUCAAUUAAUGGUACUUUACUACGUAAAAUAUUUGUAGGCAUAAAUUUACUAUAAUUAAUAAUAAAGUUCGUCUAAAUUUAACGCAA